AUGGCGUCCAAAGGGAACUCGGUGUUUUCACGAAUCAUUCGCCGUGAACUUCCCGCUACGUUUCUUCAUGAGGAUGAUCAGGUAAACCAAGAACGAUGUGUAACUCGAACUCUAAUUCUACACCGACUACACUCGCACCUAUAGUUGCACACCUGCAAAUUCAACAAAUUCAGCCUGCAGUCACUGCACUUGCAUGAGGGCUGGUGAAAAUAAGGUAAUUUUGUGUUCACCCCCUUUCUCUACGGUGUGCGACAAACGCAGACUGCAGACUUGCAGACCGCAGACCUGCAGACUUGCAGACCUGCAGACUCGCAGACUUGCAGACUUGCGGACUUGCAGAGACGUUCGGAACUCACGGGGAGGGGGGGGGGGAUAAUUGCCCCCGCAGGCUCAAUCCCGAGGAGGCACUCUAGUAACUCGCGCGUAUAUUAAGGAAAGUACUUACAGUUGUAAUAUACAGUCAGUAUGGCAGAAAAAAAUCUCGAUUUGCUUGAACAGGGGCCGCGAGGAAUCGGUAGGUAAUGAUGACGUGAUGAAGACAGAAAAUUUCGAAGGGACCGGUCAGGUAGAUUUUGUGACAUUUAUUGUGCACUCAUACUUCGAUACUCUUUUGCGUUACUUGUUAUCAGUGACAUUCUGUGGAGCAGUUGGUUCAGUGAAAGUUAUGGACCAAAAGACACUCGUUAAGCGCAGAUGAAGUUAUAAGGUGCGUACAACCGUGUAUAUAGAAACACUUGGAGAUUUUACCAGACACGAGUUCACAAAUCUUUGAUUGGAAACCUUGCCAGACACUCUUUCUCUCUCUUUGACCGGAAUAAGACUCAGCCCGAAACAAGCAAGACGAGUGAACAACGGCUAGCUUAUCACUAGCAGAACGAUGGACGAUUACAGAAAUUCGCCGACAAUCAAAUUCUGUGCUGACUUAUUUCCUGCUCACAGAUGUCCUUCCGUUUUAAAGCCGCUCGAUGAUCCCACCCGUCUUCUUCUUCGCUGCUCUCGCUGAAGUUUAGGUCACCGUUCUUCCGAUGUUAAGUCUUCCACGGCAAGGAUUUCCAGUCACCUGUCGAAUCGGGCACUGUUGUGUUUGCAGCCCGUUAGCGCUGUUGUUUGCCUCAGACAUACUUUGCGAUUCCCCAACAGUAAACAGAGGAUGAAUAAAAUUAGUCCAAAGCCCUGUCACAAAAAAUGUAGGUCUGCAAAUCUUCGAGUCUGCAAGUCUGCUAGUCUGCAAGUCUGCAGGUCUGCAGGUCUGCAGGUCUGCAAGUCUGCAAGUCUGCAAGUCUGCAGUCUGCGUUUGUCGCACACCGGUUUCCCUAUGGCUAUGGGCACUCGUUCACAUUCAAACUCCCAGUGACGUGUUGGUGGGUGGGGGAUGGGAUAGGGUGAGAGUUAAAAUUUGAAAUGAGCGGUUUACAUUUGUGGUACCCACACUUUUUUCAAAAAGAUAUCUCUUGAUGAAAGUUUAAUUUAAAAAUUGCUUAAUUCUGUAUGUAAAACAAAAUGAAUACUGGGUCAUUAAAUGAGGUCUUUGUCUUAAAAAGGGUAGCAAAAUGAACCUAUUUUGCCUGCACUACCCAGAUAGACACCCACACAAGAAUAAAUACAGGGGCCCGUAGGUCAGCAAAAACCUCAAAGCUAGUUUGUUACAAAAUUACCAUUAGAUUACAAGACCACACUUAAUUACAAAACACCCUCUGGCAAAAAACAAUCCUUGAAAGAAGCUAAGUAUAACACUGCCAGAUACGAAAACCCAAAACCACUUUGUGGAAAAAAGGGAACGUACAUCGCUGCCUGCUGAAAUCAGCUGCGGUGCCGACAACUCAGGGGCAGAGGUACACAAAAACUACCUUAUUGGAACUGAAUUUCUUGGGUAGUUAAUUUCGCAAUUUUGACAAGAGAGUAUUUUGCAGAAUUUUAUUUUCAUGAUUUUAACAGGCAAAUGUGAAAAAAGGACAAUGAAAUUCACUAUUUAACCAUUCUCAACUUCAUUUUAGUUUUUCAAAAGUCUGAACCUUUAAAAACGUUUCAAUAAACUGCAUCAAAUAAUGUGUGAAAUCUUUGCAAACUAUUUAAGUUAUUUCAAAAGUGAAGAUACAAAAAGGAGCUCACCAGUAAAACCAGUUUGUCCAUACAUAUCCUUUAUAUGUCAAUUGUUGCUAUUACAAGUUAAUUCUUUUUUUGAAUUUUCUAUAUGGGUAUAAAAUUUCUCGUGCUUAAAAAUCAAGAGGAUUUAUUUCGCGAUUUUUCUACAAUCUCGAAAGAGACGAAAUUAAUUACCAAUAAGGUAGCUUCCAAAUGCCUGUAAACAAAAUUAUAUAACAAAAUUGGAAAAUAAAAAAGUUAGGAGCUCAAAUGAAUGCUGACCUAGACUGAUCCAAAUUUGCAAAUAUGUACAACUAAACAUGUCUCAAAAAACUACCCACAAUUUCUCCUAGCCAAGCCAUUCCUCUGGUCCGUGCCAGCAAAAUAGCUAUUUCUGUCUGUUCUGUUAUACUACACUGUUGUAAAUACCAUUUUUUCACUUAAACAGGGUCAGGGUUUGAAGACCUCAGCGGCACAACUAUACUCAAACUCCCCUUUAGUGCACCCACCAUUACCUGAUCACAUGUAAAAAGGCCAAAAUCUGGAAUUACGUAUUUCUGAUUGGUCCACACACAAAACAUCUAGCACAGUUCUGUUCUGAUUGGCUUAGAGGUUUUAUGUUUUCUGGAUAAUUUUUGACACUUGCAAUUAAAUGGUGUUUGAAUAAGAUUUAGUUGAUUCAUUUAGAUAACAUACUCCCCCAGGUUUAAAGGUGAUGUUACUUGGAUCUGCGACAAAGCAUUGCAAUGUUAAAACAGUGUUGCAACCACUUGAAACAAUCCAGGGGGGGACUCCGCAUAUGAGAGAGGUGGGGAUGCUCGUUGUAAAUUUUGGAUUAGACCCCUAAACCUUUUUUUGACCCCUAAAAGUGAUCAUUUUAAACUUUGAUUACAUGAAUUGAGUAAAUAAAACGAAUUGAAAAAAUAGAAGUUUUUAAUAUUUCUUUGAGUGCAACCCUAAAAGAGACCUUUAUGGUUAGAUAUAAUAGUGUUUUGCCCAGAACACCCUAAGUGAGACCAAAAUCCGAAAUUUACACCCCUAAGCGAGACAAUGAGCAUCCCCACCCCUUUCAUAUAUGGAGUCCCCCCACCCCCAGGGAAACAAUGUUGUAACACUGUUUGUGCUCAAAAUUGUCUUCUUGAAUUGUCCUGUGUAACAUCACCUUAAGUUUGUAUUUUCAUUUUUGUGGUUGAUAAUACGGUCAAACCACCCAUAAGUGACUACUCAAAAUGGGAAGAGUUGGUGUUCACUUAUCAGAGGUGGUUGCUUAAUGAGAGUCAAACUGCAGGAGGUCUUUUAUGAGGAGAGAUCUGGAAACAUCAGAUCUAGGUUUUGGAGAGAAUGUGUUGGGAACAUUUUUAGGUAACAAUAAUAUUAUAUGUAAAUCCAUGUUGUUUCUAAAAGCUUGUCUGCUAUGCUGGGUAACAUAGUAGAUGUUGGGAACGCAAAAAACAGAACUACACUACAUCAGGUGGUCGCUGCUCAAGAAGAGGUUUAAAAACAAUAGAAAAUCUGAAAACCCUCAUGCUAAACAAGAGUUGCCGUCGUUUAUGGAGGCAGUCAUUUACAAGAGUUUCCAGCCAUAAGGCUUUGACAGGGAAAAGUGUGAUGGUUUAACAUUUAGAUAUUAAAAGUGGUCACUUAUGGCAGGUGGUCGCUUAAAUGAGACAUGGUCACACAUGGAGGUUCAACUGUAAUAUUGAAAUAAAACUCUAGAUGAUAUUACCUAUCACAGAAAUAAUCUUGUGUUAGUUUUUAAAGGAAAUGAUAACUGAAUAUAGCCAUCAUUAUUGUUUUGAGGACAGGUCGGCCACAAAUUAAUAUAUUUAAAUGGGGGGUGGAAGGUGGCCUGUGGAAAAAUAUAUAUAUAUCAGGCAUUCUUUUUCUUCCUCUAUUCUCAAAGAAAGAGCCCUAUCGUAGGUUAACAUAGGUAUGAAAUAUCACAUUCUCCUUCCUGUCUCCCCCCCCCCACCCAACUCCACCACUUUCUUAGGGAAAUUUAAUAUAUCCUCAUACUGUAUCCAUUAUCAACCAUAAAGUUGGAUAAACUAUAAACUGAAAUAGCAACAAGUGAGUAGGUACAUUGUACUUUUGGUUACAAUCAAUUUGAUUGCUUUAUUUUCAGUGCAUAGCCAUUGAGGACAUUAAUCCACAAGCCCCAGUUCAUUUCCUGGUUAUACCAAAGAAAGAAAUAUGAAAGAUAACUGAUGCUACAGAUGAGGAUGAACAA